AUAAUAUAGAAUAGCAGGCGACAAAAAUAAAUGUAUGUAUAUUGAAUGUAGGCCUACUCUAUGAUUUUUAAAUGUAUAACCCCAUUGGGACGGCAUGAGCUGGGCCAUUUAUAACCCCAUUGGGAUGAGUGAGCCUCUUCUUACAUAUGUAACAGUAUAACUUUAGACAGUACCCGGGCGCGACCCUCUGCACACAUCAACAACAGUCACCCACGAAGUAUCGUUACUCAUCGCUCCACAAAAGCCGCAGCCCAAAGCAAGGGGAACUACUACUUCAAGGUCUCAGGGCAAGUGACGUCACCGAUUGAAACGCUAUUUAGCAAGAACUGAGCUAGCGUUUCACAUCCGUUACACAUAGUUUUAUCAACUCUCACAUUCCGAGGGAGUAUAUUUUAAUGCUUUCAUUUACCCAUGAAUCGUGGUGAACAAAUUAUUAUCUCAUCUCCAUGAGCAUGCAACGUGACGUCUGACCAAAAACAUAUUGGUCGUAAUUCCUCUGCUUAGACGUUGCUGACGCAUGCCAGAUCUAACAACGCCAGGAUAGGCCAGGGAGUCCCUCACUGCCAAGGUUUACUAUAGAGAAUCAGAAAGUAGAUGCUAGGCCUCCAGCUGACAUGUACACAUAUAAAAUGAACUACCCCAGCCUUGGACAAUGUGUCAUCAUCAACAACAAGAACUUUGACAGGAGAACAGGAAUGAGUUCUCGCAAGGGAACAGAUGUGGAUGCUGGCUAUGCAAGGAAAGUGUUUGAACGUUUGGGGUACAACGUGAAAGUUGCCAAUGACCAGACAGUGCAGCAGAUCCAACAGCUGCUUUACACUGUGUCUCAAGACAACCACAGCCAGUCGGCCUCCUUUGUGUGUGUGAUGCUGAGCCAUGGAGGAGAGGGUGUGUUCUAUGGCACAGAUGGAAAUGUGGAGCUCCAGAAGCUCACCGGACUCUUCAGGGGCGACCGCUGCAAAACGCUGGUGGGAAAGCCCAAACUCUUCUUCAUCCAGGCGUGCCGUGGCUCUGAUCUGGACUGUGGAAUAGAGACAGACAGUGCUGCUGGUGGAAUAGAGACGGACAGCGUCGCUGGUAACUAUCCAGAGAGGAUUCCAGUGGAGGCAGACUUUCUCUAUGCUUACUCUACAGCCCCAGGCUACUACUCCUGGAGGAACACCGACAAGGGCUCCUGGUUCAUCCAGGCCCUCUGUGAGAUGUUACAAAGGUACGGCAAACAGCUGGACAUUAUGCAGAUCAUGACGCGUGUUAACCACAAGGUGGCACAUGACUUCGAGGCUUCCGCCAACAAGCAGAUCCCUUGCAUUGUGUCUAUGUUGACCAAACAUCUCUACUUUCCACAGUGAUUGUAUAUCCUGUGGGACCAUUUUACACAUUUGCACAGUGUCUGCUGGGGUUCUAAAGACCAUUAAAUAAUACAGAGGGAUUCUCUGCACUGGACCAAAUACCACUGUGGAUAAUCACUUAUUCAAAUACUUCUGUUUGGGGAAAGUCUAAAAGCGAAAAGGUAUGAAAUGUUUACCCUUGAGGCCUAAAGGGCAUUAUGUUGGACCAAAGAGAAUGGCUUUUUGAUGGGGAAAGGCUGGCAUUGAGUAUUGACUACGCAAUAGCAGUACUUGCUAUUGAUAUGUAGUUCAUUAAUUUGGAAUGGAAUUAAAAUGCUCUGAAUUGUAGGGUAAAUACAUGUUCAGAUAACAUGGAAUGAAAGUCACUCCGGCUUUAAAAGUAUUGUAAAGUUGUGUUAUGUCUCUAUAUAAAUAAUCUGUCACCCG